AUGUCAGACCAUAGAACUCAAUCAGUUUUUUCUUAUCCUUCACCCGCUACAAAUCCACCACCAAAAACAGAUAUAUCUCUACGAGAAAUUUUAGAUACAUAUCGUGAUAAUAAUGAUUUAUUGAAACAAAUUCUCGCAGCAAAGGCUGAAGAGGAUAAGACCGAACGAACUUGCUAUCAUUUUCAACGGGAUUCUGGUUCUACUAUGUCAGAUACACCUUGUUCAGUUCUCUCACCGGAACAGACUCGUAUCAGACGUGCUGAAGAAGAAAAGUAUAAAGCUGAAGCUGUACGUUUACAAUGUAAACAAGUGGAAUUAGAGAUGUUAAAAGAGCAAAAGAAACCACCAACAAUUAUCACAGGAGUACCACCGAUGAAUACAUCAAGUAGCUUUAAUAUGAAAUCACCUUCAGAUAUCAGUAGCCCGUACCUACCGAUACCACCGCCAAAUGAUACCCAUUUUUCUGCCAAUGCCACUACACCAACAAGCGCGACACGCUUGUCACCACCAUCAUCUUCCAAUGACAAUGUAUCUUAUAAUCACAAUGGAAUAUCUUCCCACAACAAUUCCUAUAAUCCGUUGAGCCAAAGACCCUCACUAACAUUAUCCAUCCCUUCAUUUCCAAUUAUAACGGCAUCUCCAACUACGAUGCAUAAUCAGCAUCCAUUUUCUACUCCUACAAGCAGUGUUCAAGAACAUCCUUCUUCUGCAUCAUCUCAAACAAAUCAUUAUUCUCAAAGUCCUACUACGGGUGGUAAACGUUCCAAACCUUCUUCAGAAUCAGAAGUUGACCAUGAAUACGUUAUGGAGGCUCUCAGACAGAAG